GCGCGGCACCCCCCAGUCGCAUCGGUUCAGCAGCGGAGCGAGACGCCAUGUCCGGCCGUGGCAAGAGCGGCGGUAAGGCCCGUGCUAAGGCCAAGUCUCGCUCGUCCCGGGCUGGGCUGCAGUUCCCGGUAGGGCGCGUCCACCGACUGCUGCGGCGCGGGCACUACGCGGAGCGGGUGGGAGCUGGUGCGCCCGUCUAUCUGGCGGCCGUGCUCGAGUACCUGACCGCUGAGAUCCUGGAGCUCGCGGGCAACGCGGCACGCGACAACAAGAAGACGCGCAUCAUCCCCCGUCACCUGCAGCUAGCAGUGCGCAACGACGAGGAGCUCAACAAGCUGUUGGGCGGCGUUACCAUCGCGCAGGGCGGCGUCCUGCCCAACAUUCAGGCCGUUCUGCUGCCCAAGAAGACCAGCAAGAGGGGCAGUGGGCAGCAGUCGCAGGAGUACUAGGCCGGCCGGCCCAACUCAAAGGCCCUUUUCAGGGCCACCCCAUUGCUCACCGGGAGAGCUGCGAUCCGCGGAGGAGGGAAGGGGACGAGAGGCGUGGCCGGCCGUGGCUGCGGGGCGGGGGGGGAGAGAAGCCGCCCGAGACCAGUCAAAAACUGAGCGUGAAAGCUGCUCCGUAAGGACCCGUUAUUUUAACUCUUACCUACCUCUGGUACAUUCAGUGGACGUUGCCUAGAAAAUAAAACUAUAAAACUUCUUUAUUUACGAAACAGCACCCCAACACGGUGCCGUUAUACUGUUUCUGCAAGGCACUGUAACAAUCAAACCCUGCUCAGAUGCUGACUUAGUAGCAAGUGCAGGAAGCCACAGUAUCUGGAAUUUGGGGUUCUGCUUCAGCUCCCCCUUCAUUGGCAAGUCUAGCUAACUGGCUCUCAUGACUUGUGGACAAACAUACAAGGGAAAUCAAAAUGGCUGUCCGCCCCCUCAUUUAAUACUAGCCAAUCCAGCUAGUAUAGCUAAUAUAUACAUAUAUAUA